CAGAUGAUCUCUGAAUGAAGCCAAGCUGAAAGGAAUUUCAGUGAACCCCUCCUGAUAGGCGUAGGCCUAAAUAGGCUGGCCUAGUUAAGCUUCAGCUUAUUGAUUGAGUGAAUGCUUUGCAGUCAGUGGAAGUUUGUGUGAUGUGCUCUACAGAAAAUAUGCUAGGGAAGAAAUCGAACCGAUCCUCAAAUUUUACCAUAUAUGAAAAGAUUGAUCUGUUAAAACUUGUACGGCCGCACGUCAAAGUUUUGGAGGUUCAUAAAAAUAAUCAAGCUAUAAUUGUUGAAAAAAAUCGUUGCUGGGAAACUAUAGCACAGCAAUACAAUGCUGUUGGAGUGGAUCGUCCUCCUCGUAGCGCACAGGCUUUGCGAACACUCUAUAAACGCAUUAAAGAAAGUGCUAAACAAGAGAUAGCCAGGAGAGAACAAUUGCAUCCAGACUAUAAAGGAAACGUCUCUGAGCCAACCAGAAGAAUUCUAGAAAUGAAUCCUCACAUUUUCCAACCGCUUCUGAAGGUGGUAGACCCCGAUCACUUACAAAGGCCUUGUGGAAGUUCUGCUUCUGAACAAGAUUCCUGUGUGGAACAGCCUACUAGCUUGUAUCCACAACCUGGAACCUCAAGCUGCACGUCUCAACCCUGUCCUGAUUGGGUAACACCAGAGUCAGAACCCGAGCAUGAAGAGAAACCGCCCCCCUUAUUAACUGUACUCUCGCAGCCAAAUGUAGUGGAGCACCAGAAGAAAACAGAGACUCAGCAGACUACAAAUGGCUCUGCCUCACCAUUUUCAUCUUGUGGGGCACGAAUAUCCUUAACACCAUCUCCCAGACUUGCGAGAAGGGAAGAUGAUGUGCUCAGUAUCCACCAGUGCCAUAGAGGUGCCCUACACUAUUUGUCCAGCCAUGAUAAUGAGCAAGUACAGUUAAUGUCAGCAGAGGAACAUGAGAUAAUUAUGGAGAAUCAAAGAAAGUUUGGAUUGUAUCUUGAUGAGAAAAGAGAGAGUCUUAAAAGAAGGCAAGUGCUGGAGGAAGACCUAUUAAGGGCAAAAAUCAGAGUGGAAGAAUUAAAGGCAGCAAGACUGCAACAAGGCUUGCCAGCCCUGUAAGAAGUAUUUGUAAAUUAUUUUCUUUAUUAAAA